AUGUUUCUGUCUUUCCCCCUUCAGCUCACAAGGCUCAAAGCGGCAGCAGGCAACAGCAACGUGCCUGUGGUGCUAUCUCCCCGCAACAUAAACGUCGGCAACGCCACCGGCAUGGCACCCCGAGCCUUCCUCGCAGCCUACAAGGUCUUCUGGGGCAACUCUGUCACAGGCGGCGGGAUCACUGCCACGUAUGCUGACGUGGAGGCAGCUGUCAACGCGGCUGUCGCUGACGGGGUUGACGUCAUCUCGCUCUCCCUGGGCGGCGCAGACCCCAGUCCCACGUAUUUCAGCGAUCAGACGUAUUUAUACGCGAAUCUGGCCGGCACAGUGGUGGUUUAUGCAGCGGGGAACUCGGGUCCGCCUCCAUUGCACCCCUCCAUGUAUCGAAGCAUCUCCAACUUCUCGCCGUUCUACCUCACUGUUGGCGCCAGCACCAUCGCUCGCAGCUAUGUGUCGGCAGCCACGCUGGGCGACGGGCGGGUGGUGAAGCUGUACGGGUUUGGCUCGGGGAACGUGGCGGUUCAGGGUCUGGGGCUGGUGGAGGGUGCUGCAGCGCGGGCAGCCGGGAAGGCUGCGAUUGAGGGCCAGUACUGUUCCGAAGGCUCACUGGACGCCACCAAGGUCGCAGGGAAGAUCGUACUCUGCUCGUAUGGCUGGACCAGCGCCAGCAGCAAGGCAGCAGAGGUCGCGAGCAAGGGCGGCAGCGCUGUGAUUGUGGUGGAUGUGUUUGCAGCAGCAAGAGCGUACCCGAUUUAUACGGCUCGAUUGCCGGUCAUGGGAGCAGAGGCGAGCGAGACGGGUGUCCUGCGCGCGUACACCCGCACCGCUGCCAGGUGA